AUGUCAGGUUACCCUCCGACGAGCCAAGGUUACGGUUACGGUUACGGCGGCGGUGGGGGGAAUCAGCCUCCACCACCUCAGCCACCUUACUCCUCCGGCGGAAACAAUCCUCCUUACGGAUCAUCAACAUCCUCUCCUUACGCCGUGCCUUACGGCGCACCGAAGCCGCCAUCCUCUUCCGCGUCGCCGUACGGCUCUCCGGGCCCUCAAUCUUCGUCAGCCUCGUCCUACGGCGGACCGCCUCCUUCAGCGCCGUACGCGCCUUCUCCAGGGGACUACAAGCCGCCAAAGGAGAAGCCUUAUGGGGGUUACGGAGAUUACGGAGCUCCACCACCGUCUGGGCCUUCUCAUUACGGGGGUUACGGUGCUUCACCUCGUCCGGCGCCGUCUGGGCACGGAGGAUACAGAGCUCCACCACCGCAAGGGGUUUCUGAAUACGGGAGUUACGGUGCUCAACCUCGCCCAGCGUCGUCUGGUCACGGAGGCUACGGAGGUUAUCCGCCGCAGGGUUCAUACGGAAGUCCUUUCGCAUCUCUGAUUCCGUCGGGUUUUGCUCCGGGGACGGAUCCGAACAUAGUGGCUUGCUUCCAGGCAGCGGAUCAGGACGGUAGUGGCUUCAUUGAUGACAAGGAGCUUCAAGGUGCUCUCUCUUCUUAUCAGCAGAGAUUCAGCAUGAGAACUGUUCAUCUUCUUAUGUAUCUCUUCACCAACAGCAAUGUCAUGAAAAUCGGACCUAAGGAGUUCACUGCACUUUUCUACAGUCUUCAGAGCUGGAGGUCCAUUUUUGAGAGGUCUGAUAAAGACAGGAGCGGAAGAAUAGAUGUAAAUGAGCUGAGAGAUGCGCUUUUGAGCCUUGGGUUUUCAGUUUCUCCUGUGGUUUUGGAUCUGCUUGUUUCCAAGUUUGACAAAACCGGAGGCAAGAGCAAGGCCAUCGAAUAUGACAAUUUCAUCGAGUGCUGUCUCACUGUUAAGGGACUGACAGAGAAGUUCAAGGAGAAGGACACAGGAUACUCAGGCUCUGCUACUUUCACUUACGAGACCUUCAUGCUCACCGUCCUUCCCUUCCUCAUCGCAUAA